AUGGCAGAGCCCCAAGUCACGCCCAACCCGAUGGACGUGGACGUCGAGCGCGGUCGACCGCAGUCGGAGGAAGCCCCAGAGGCGACGGAAGCCACCCAUGUUCAAGAAACACUCGAGGAGAAACCGCUUCCAGACCCAUGGCCAGAGCCCGAGGAAACUAUAGAAAUGCCUAAACCAGAAAUCAUCGAAGAAGUGCCAGUCAUUUCCAAACCGGUGGAACCAACUGUACAUCCAAAGGACCUGCACUUUCAGGAACUGCAGAAAGAACUUGCGGAUUUUCUAGGCCAACAUAUCCACAAGGUCGUCCAACUGCAAACUAGCCUUGUCGGUGGCUCAAACUCGAUUCGACCACGGUUUGCUCGGUCGGACAAGGAUGGCGACACGAUGUCUGGAAGAGCAUCCACAGGGCACUUUGCCGUCUUCUCGCAUAUGGAUCUGGCAGGGACGAGGCCGACACCGAUGGACAUCCACCUCUUCUCCCUCGACCAGUUCCUCACAGUCCAUCUGGAGAACGUGAAUAUCCUCCAGGAAACACUAAAGGGAAAUGUGAACGGUCUUCCAGCGCCUCAGCCUCUAUCCACCAUCGCCGAAACGAUGAUAGAUUCCAGCAGCCAGUACAACUCCCAAAUGCAGCAAUUCGCCAUGCUAGCCAUAACUUCAAUCUUAAUGUCCCUUUUCAUCCUCGCCUUUCUGGGACUUUCAUACGCCCUGAUUGAACCCCGCCACCGCCGCAUCCCCUUCAGCGUCUCGCUCCUCUUCGCCCUCCUCUGCCUGGGCCCGCUCCUCCUAACCAUCGCCCUCUCCCUCUGGGGCAUCAUGUCCGCCUCCUGGCGCCGCAUGCGCAACAUGCCCGAAAGCGCCCUCCAAUCCCACUUCCACCUCCACCUCGGCCGCCAAAUCCAAUUCUGCGUCUCGGUAGCCAUGUUCCUCCCUGUCGUAAUCUUGGCGUUUUACAUCUUCGCGGCGAUAGCCUUCCCGAUUGUGUUCCUUGUUCUCUUGUUGGUUGCGUCGUUGUUGGUGGUGGGCAGUGUAUUUUACAGGGUGCCCAUUACGUUUGAGAAUGUCUCGACGUUGAUUUUGGGAACGAAGGGGUUGGAGAGACCCAACAAGCAGAAGAGGCCCGCACCCAGGAGUCGGAGGAGUUUUUAUUGA